GGGCAAUUUCUUUACCUAUCUUUACCUUUACUUGACGAGACCAGUGAAACAUCUGUGAAAAAAUAAAUCAGUGCCAGGAUAUUUUUUCAAUGUCAUUUAUGAUGUAUCCUGAAGAACACCCCAAAUUUUUGCGUUGUGAUUGGUGCGUGAAUUGAUUGUUGUUUGAUGACUAAUAUUGUACAAUGUAAGGGGUAGUAGGUCUUUCUCCGCUCUAGUAACGAUAACCCUCCUCCUCCUCAUCCGAAAAACCAAGCAACAUCAAUUCUCCUUAUUUGACCCCUCCGCAUACGAAUAUUUUGCAUCGCUUCCUCAAGUUGGUACACUUGAAAAAUAUCCCACCAGACAGCUAUGGCUUCCAAGGACGACUAUGUUUUCACUCGAGAUAUUCUCGACAAUUCUCGUCUCAACUUGAUGCACAAGCACUGGGUGAAGGAUCUCGGAUACCUGAUCCACCCGAGAAUCUCUACAAAACAGGAAAACCUACGAAUUGCCGAUAUUGGUACAGGUACAGCAAUCUGGCUGCUUGAUACGUACGACGAGCUUCCCAAAUCAGCCCGGUUUGAUGGGUUGGAUAUCUCACUAGAGGCGGCGCCUCCCCUCAAUGUUCUCCCUCCUAAUAUUACCCUCACGAAGUGGAAUGUGAAGGAUCCAGUUCCCGAAGACCUUCUUGGGGUCUUUGAUAUCAUUCAUAUCCGUUUCUUCAUCUUUGUUCUACUGGGGGAGGAGGUUCCGGUUGUCGUAGAGAAGUUUGUUGCAAUGCUUAGAGGCUAUCUGCAGUGGGUUGACUCGGACAAUCGGAGUGUACGGACCGAACGACCGAAGCCCGGGGGCCAGCCAGAGAAUGUGGACGAGGUCCAGACGAACAACUUGGAUCAGCUAAUGAGUCUAUUGAAGUCCCAAGACCCGCGCUUGAAUCCAACAUGGGUCCCAGAGCUGCCCGAUAUUUUCUCACGUGGUGGUCUUGUGGAUGUGGAGACAGAUAUUCAUGAUUCGCCACCACAUCUAGGGUUCUUAAUGCAUGAGUGCGGCUUGAUAAUGCAUGAGCUCAUUGCAAGAAAGACCAAAAAUGAGAAAAUGGCCCAGGAAGUAAAGAGGUUACUUCCUCUUGCGGUAGAGGAGACUCGACAGGGUGCUUAUUUGACUUCUACCAAAUUUUGUGUCACCGGAAGAAAGCCUUAAGGGAGCGGGUCGUAACGAAUAGCGGCAGCAUGACGGAAAUGUUGGAAGUGAUGAUGGUAUUUGACGCCUAAAAAGGCGUCAAUACACGACGCUCUUUUAAUAUUUCUACACUAACUUAUCUGUCUGGAGCCAUAAAUAGACGGUUAUUUACAUCAUAAAGGCUGCCUAACCACCUGUCUGGUCACUCCUCUGAGGAUAUGCUUUUGGGCGCUUUCAGUUAUCAGUGUACUUAGCGGUUCCUAGAUUCUCCCUGAUAAAUUUGGAAUUUUCCACUAUUAUCUGAGCGUAUGACUGCGAACAUUUAGCAGCACCUUCGGUACCAUUUAAUUAAUUAAGUUCUUAGCCUUCCCUAGAGUUAAUUAUGCUGCAUUUGAAAU